CACAUACAAUGUGGUAGCUCCUAUUCUGGCAGCAGUCGAAACUCCCCCAGCAGCUCAACAUUCUCCCUUGAAUGAAGACUCAAAUUCCAAGCAUCACCAACCAGUUGAUGAGAAACGCUCGACACUCAGAGAGGCAGCCUCAAAGCCCCUCUCCACUGAUCUUACCGCAGAGACCUGUCUUAAUCAACACCUUGCCCACUGGCAUCGAUACCGCGGCUUAAAGCAUGGCCAUAGCUGCCCGUUUGGCUAAAACAGCCUUGAUCUACCUGGCCCCUCUUGCUCCUCUCCAGGAUGAUACAAUCUUUCAAUGGUUCCUCUACAACGCAGCCAUCGAAUCCUCGCUUUCCAUCCUGCAGGUAGCUCUCGUCCAUAUCAUCAUCUCACAGCCAUCUCGUCGGCGGUUCUACCAGCACAUCCCCACUCUAAGCAGCUGGCUAGGUAAUUGCCCCAAUGGCUGUUUCUGUGGCAUUCUGGCCAGUGCCAACUUCUACUUCCCCAUAUUUCUGGUCAGAGUUUUUGGGAAAGCAGAUGGCUCAAACCCAAUCAGCAACGAGAUGGGAUUAUGAACAAUUGGGACUGUUCUAUUUGCCUCGGCAACCAUAUUUUUCCUGGGGUUGGCUCCAGCGCGGGCAAUCUUCAUCCGACAGGCUGCUUCCAUCCUGCCCAAGGAUGCUCAGUUGAUUGUGCCUUUUGACCGUACGUUCGGUGGGAGAGUGGUCCCGUACGGGAGAACAAAUACAAUGGAUGCAUGGGGUAGCUUUGCCUUGAGUGGUCGCGUUCGCUAUUUUGUAAUUGUUGGCAAGGCUUUUGGCCUUAUGAUGGCAGGAUGGGUUCUUCUCUUCUUGCUUAGCAUGUCUUGGGCUCGUUCUGUGGGGCCGCUGUUGGAUAUCAAUUUUCUUGCUUGAUGAGCUGGCUAUGUGAUGUGUUAUGUCCAGGAUACUGGUUCAUUGAGAGAUUUGUUCAAGUGUGUAGUAGAAUAUACGUGUCGAAGGGGAUAGCUAAUAAUUGUG